AGUAAAGCUCGACAAAACUCUAAUCCGCGGAUAACGAAGUGAAAAUGAAAGCAAUUGUUCAAAGGGUUAUGCAUGCAAGUGUAACAGUUGGAGAUGAAGUAGUCGGUUCUGUGGGACGUGGACUGUGUAUUCUUCUUGGUAUUUCUCGACAUGACACAGCUAAAGACAUGGAUUACAUGGUCAGGAAGAUUUUAAGACUUCGGAUAUUUGAUGAUGAUCAAGGCAAGAGGUGGAUGAAAAAUGUGAUGGAGAAAGAUUAUGAUAUACUGUGUGUUAGCCAGUUUACACUAAAUGUAACACUUAAAGGCAACAAGCCAGAUUUUCAUGAAUCGAUGGGACCAGAUUUAUCUCAGCAAAUGUAUGGUGAAUUUUUGAAACAGCUAGGAGCGGCAUAUGAUCCUGAAAAAAUUAAAGAUGGUAAAUUUGGAGCUUACAUGCAAGUACUUAUUGAAAAUGAUGGACCAGUUACUAUUCCUCUAGAUAGUGCACCCCUUCAUGUAGCUUCAGGGAGUUGCAGUAAAUCUCAGAAAAAGAGCACAGAUGAAGAAUUGGCAUCAAAUGAAGAUUGUUCAAAUGCACAGUGUGAUACUAAAACUGAUUCCAGUUGACAAAUUCCUGGCAGUGUAAAGACAUUUGCAGAACAGAAGGGAUAUUUCUCUUAAUAUUUUAUAAUUAACUUCAUGUAGGUAAUGCUGUGGCCAAUCUUCGCCAUCAGCUGAAGGUAACUCUCCUGAAGUAGUGCUAGGUGGAAAAUCACAUGAAGUUUCAAAUAUAAUAUAUUAAUUUGUUUUAUUACAUUUUAUGUAGGUAAUGCUGUAGCUAGUCUUCGCCAUCAGCUGAAGAUAACUCUCCUGAAAUAGUGCUAGUGAGCAAUCACAUGAAGUUUCAAAUGUGAUAUAUUAAUUUGUUUUAUUGCAUUUUCACUGUUCUUAAAGCUUCACAGCUGAAUGUUAAGGGGAGAAGGAAUAGUCACUUGCUUUUCCUGAUGAAGACUGGUGGCUACAUGGCAUUGUAGGUUGUCCAUUCCAUCCACAUUUCUGUAUAUUCAUACAGUGUCAUGUAAUUCUGAAUCAGAUUGAUUUUUACCUUUUAAUCAAGUAGUGUAGAGGAUGGAUGGGCAAGGCCUAUAGCAGGCGCGGCAGGAGCAAUUUGAGAUUGGUUUGGCCUAAAAUCUGAGCAUGAAGCUGAACAGGGGUGAAUGUGACUGAAAUAAAGAGUGCAAAGCCCCCAAGCUUCUAGGGUAGUCCAAGGACAUAUUCUCCUAAAACGUUUUGAAAAUUUGGUGUUCGGAAGUGCAAUUGUCUGCAUAUUACAAAUAAAAUUCAUCAUACUAAUAAUACCUUUUUAUUCAUAAUUAUUGGGGGAGGGGGCCUAAAGCCCCUAUAUCACCCAUACCCUGCUCCACCAAGUCUGGGACGGAGUGAGAUCUCUAGUGGGGUUCUGGAAAAUUUACAAAUCUAGAAGGUCAGACAUGUUUUCAUGGCAAUUUAAUGUUGUUUUACUACUACAGGUAUUAUUUUCGGAACAUGUGUGAUAAAAUUUUUAUUAAUUAUAUAAUUAUUAUAUUGGCUAAUUAAAAAUUAUUUUUUUAAAAAGGCUAGUAAAAUGUGCAAGUGGCUAAACCAUCUUCAGAUGUGAACAAAUGGUUACAUAAUCUAUCCGACAGCUCAAACAUAAUAAUAAUACCAAAUAUUCAAUUAGCGUAAUAGCGAUUUCGCGACCGGUAAUGAGAAAAUCCAGAAUACAGCGUAGGCGUUAUGAUGUUUCUUUAUUUUAAUAAUCACUGUUAUUAAUUUUAACUGCAUGCAUUCAACAUGUAUUACAGCAAUGUGAGGGUAAUUCAAUGUCUGGAA